UUAAUUAAUUAUUCAAUUUAAUGUCUUGUCAAUUGUCUUUAAUAAUGUAAUGGAUUAGCAUGUAAAAACUGUGUUUGAGCGUUGGUUUGUGACGAACCCGAGGAGUUUGGUUGGUGAUUUGGAGAGUGAACGGAGGAAAUGAGUUGGUAUUGAGUUGCUGGUAAACGAACACUGAAACAGCAUAAGCGGGGACAAAACAACUGCUACUGAAACACCACUCGGAGAAAAUGGUUCUGUAAGAUGUGUGUUUCCUGUGUUUCUCAAUUUUAAUUGAUUAACUAACAAGCGCUAUCGUUACACAGCCUACAGGCAGUGGUAGUUCCACAUGGCGUCUCAACAAUCGCAGACUCUUCUGACUCUGAAUUCCAAUGCAGUGUCAGAUCUUAAAGAAGGCAUUAACUUUUUAAGGAACAAGGAAGAUGGCAAAAAUUAUAUUAUCUACAAAAGCAUGGAUGUCAUGCGGGCAUGCAAAAACCAGUGCAAACAUCAAGGUGGUCUGUUUGUUAAAGACAUAGAGGAUUUAGAUGAAAGCACAGUGCGUUGUACAAAACAUAACUGGAAGUUGAAUGUCUCCACAAUGAAAUAUGUAAACCCACCUGACUGCUUCCAACAGGAUGAACUUGUCCUUGAACCUGAUGAAAACGGAGGGCUGCAGCUGCUGGAGCUCAACCCACCUGACCCUUGGCAAGCCGACCCGAGAACACCUGAAGAACUGGAACCUGGAGAGGUGCUGAUAACCUACAUGACUCAUGCGUGCAUGAAGCUUGACCUGGGGUCUAAAACAAUGGUGUUUGAUCCAUGGCUGACAGGCCCUGCUUUUGCACGAGGCUGGUGGCUGCUCCAUGAGCCUCCUUCAGACUGGCUGGAAACCAUCUGCAGUGCUGAUUUGAUAUAUAUAAGCCACAUGCACUCUGACCACCUCAGUUAUCCAACAUUAAAGAAAAUUGCAGAGAAACAACCCAACAUACCAAUAUAUGUUGGAGAUACCUCAAGGCCGGUAUUUUGGUACCUAGACAGAAGUGGAGUGAAAUUAACCAACAUUAAUGUGGUCCCUUUUGGAAUCUGGCAAGAGGUGGAUGCCAACUUAAGGUUUAUGAUACUAAUGGAUGGGAUACAUCCGGAAAUGGACACUUGCAUUAUUGUGGAAUAUAAAGGUCACAAGAUUCUAAAUACUGUGGAUUGCACCCGUCCAAAUGGAGGCGUACUACCCAAAAAUGUUGAUGUCAUGAUGAGCGAUUUUGCAGGCGGUGCUUCAGGAUUCCCCAUGACGUUCAGUGGUGGUAAAUACACAGAGAAAUGGAAGGCUGACUUCAUAAAAACAGAAAGAAAGAAGCUGCUCAACUACAAAUCCCAGCUGGUGAAAGACUUGCAGCCCAAAGUUUACUGUCCAUUUGCAGGUUAUUUCGUAGAAGCACACCCAUCAGACAGCUAUAUAAAGGAAACAAACCUCAAAAACAACCCUGAAGAACUCAAUAAGCUGAUCACAAAGACGUCUUUUGUUAGCACAUGGACACCCAAGUCAGGGGCAGUUCUUGAUAUGGCCAGAAUCUUGAAAGACCCAUUGGAUAGUGAAGCCAUAAUUGAUCCUCCUGCUGGAACAAAGUUGUACAAAGACAAUUGGGAGUUUGAUGUUUAUGUGAACGAGAUCAACACAGCAAUCAGCAAUGAGAUAUUCCAGCAUAACGACUGGAUCAAUUUCUACUACAACUGGGCUGGAUUUCGAGACUACAAUCUAGUGAUACGGAUGAUUGAAACAAAUGAUGAUUUCAGCCCUUUACAUAGUGGGUUUGACUACUUGGUUGACUUCCUAGACCUCUCGUUCCCCAAUGAAAGACCUGCGAGAGAUCACUCCUAUCUCGAGAUAAAGAAUCGUGUUGGAGUCAUGCGACAGACCGUAAUAAAGGGUUUGCUGUGGGAUGAUCUUUACAUCGGCUUCCAGAACAGACUCUUCCGUGAUCCUGACAUAUACCACCAUCAGUUUUGGAACCAUUUCCAAAUCAAAUUGCCGCUGACCCCACCUGACUGGGAUUCCUAUCUCCAGAGUCGUGCGAGACAGGGCUAUACCCCACAGACCUGCAAGACCCAGCCAAAAAACAGAGCGCUUUCCAUUUCUAAGGAACUGGCAGCUGUGAACAAGAGACUAGAGAGGCAAGCAUGGGACCUGAAGGGCUACACAGUACAGUAUUCAAGUCACUGUCAGAGCGUGCGUGCCCGUUACUGUAUAUGACCAUCAACAAAGGAAAAGGGUCUAGAAGAUGGGAAUUUUUCAUACAUAAUGUAUGAUGGCCAAACCUUUAAUGGUCAUUUUUCCUACUUUGCAUCCAUUUGUUUUUAUUUGAAAAUAAGAAUGUGACAAUAGACAAGUUCAUUUCUGCAAAUAUACCUUAGUAGUUACAUUGAAGGGGAAACAACUUCGAUAGACACUAUUUUUUUUGUAUUUAUUAUUAUUAUUUUUUUAUAUAAUUUUGCUUUUAUUUUAUAUUGUAUUCGGAUAUCAAGUAAUUAAUACAGAAGUAAUUGUGUUUGCAGUUAAAUCCAUCUCCAAGGGAUUAUCUUACCAUUUUGUCAGUUUUAGUUAAACCACCCAUUAUGUACUAGACAAUGGAAGGACAGACUGGUUAAAAGUUACUCCUAUGAGAAUUCAGGUUCUUUGUUUGCUCUGCAAUUGGCCACAACGCAUUCAGUAUGAUUAGCAGGACAUUCUACCAUUUGAAUUCAUCCUAAUCUACUCAUGUGGAUGUGAUUACCCAAUUUCUUAUUCAGUACCAGUCAUAAUAAUUUCCAUGGAAACCAUUUAAAGCACAACUUCCUUCAGGGACUUGCAUUCAGUAUAAUUCCCAGGUUUGGCUUCCAGAGUAAAUACCAAAAGCAUAGCCAACAACAGUACAGUGCAACUCUUUAUGUUGCUGUAUAAUUUGCACAAAAAAAAAAAAAUGUAAAAAAAAUUAAAUAUUAGGGCAGUGAUUU